AUGGAGGUAGACGCUUGCUACAACUACGGCUUCCCUCCUGCAGACAGAGGCAGGCACCAACCACCACCUCCACCACCAUAUGGGCAUGGCCCCCUUCCUCACACUGCAGAAGAUGGUGAGUUGUGGGAGUACUUCCCUUGCCCUUUUUGCUACAUCGAGGUUGAGGUGCCUUUCAUCUGCGACCACCUUCAGGAGGAGCAUUGCUUUGACACCAGAAAUGCUGUUUGUCCGAUCUGCGCCAACAAUCUAGGGAAAGACAUGGCGGCACAUUUCAGAGUGCAACACUCGCAUCUUCUCAAGAGGAGGAAGCCUUACAGGCCAAGCUCAUGCCCUGCGGCUGCCACCAGCUCAGCAUCUGGGAAGGGAACAGCAACAUAUGAAGUGAACUCUUACUAUGAAGAGCCAGAACCACAGCACUACAGGAUGAACAGCAGGCCAUACAAAGAUCCUGCACCUGAUCCACUGCUCUCCCAGUUCAUCUGCAGUGUCGCGCAGGCCGACGAUGCAGUCCCAAGUGAUGGCAACGCCGAAAAGGGUGUCUCAGAUGAUCAGAGGUUGAAGUUGAACAAGGGAGCAACAGCGAGUGAUGAUGCAUCAUCCAAGCUGGGACUGGAGGAGAGGCUGCAGAGGAUCGACUUUCUGACGGAGAUGCUCAUGUCCACCAUUCUUUGA